AUGGAUUCAAAAGAUUGCCUUUUUUGCAAGCUUAAGAAUGUCACCGAAAAUAUCGUCUACCAAACUGAGGAUUUAUACGUUAUUGUUGACAGGUAUCCAAUGAGCAACAGACAUUUAUUGGUUAUUCCCAAGCAGCACUCACCAGUUCUCCACAUGUGUGAGGACUCAAUUCUUGCAAAGCUGCUGGUUCUAGCAAAAACAUUAGCCCUGAGACUCAAAAUGGAGAAAUACAACAUUAUUCAGAACAACAUCAAUCAACAGCUUGUUCCUCAUGUGCAUUUGCAUCUAGUCGAGUGUAAUUCUUCUGGCUCAUUCAAGUUCCGCUCAUACUCUACAAUUAAACUGUCCGACGAGGAAUAUUCAAAUGUCGUCAAAGAAGUUAAGGAGCUAUUGAAUAAAUAG